AUGGGAAAAUUGGGCAUCACUUUUCUUGCCCUUUCGGGAUUUUUCCUCGGCAUACACGCCGAUGGUUCUCAACCUGUUUUGAGCAUGUGUGUCCCGGAAAUUUAUUGGAAAGAUUGUGUGGAUAUGAUGAAGGACUCAGCAGCUAAGGGAAUCCCUAUUUCUUGCAUUGCUGGCCGUGACCGGUACGAGUGUGUGGAAAAAGUCGGAAGGAAAGAAGCUGACAUAGUCGCGGUCGAUCCUGAAGACAUGUAUCUGGCCGCUAAAAAUAAUUUCGCAAAUGAUCCUGGUUACAAUGUCAUCGAACAGAUUCGUACAAAAGAAGAACCAGACAAACCGAGUAGAUAUGAAGGAGUAGUAGUGGUCCGUAAAGAUCUUGAAAUAUUUGACGUACAAGAUUUACGUGGAUUAAAUUCCUGUCACACUGGAAUUGGUCGUUCCGUUGGAUACAAAAUUCCAAUUACAAAAUUGACAGAAAUGGGUGUAUUGGAAAAUAUAAAUGACCCGGAAUAUUCAGCCCGUGAAAAUGAAAUUCGCGCUCUGUCGACUUUGUUCAAUAAAGGUUGCCUAGUCGGCACUUGGUCACCAGAUCCACUGAUUAAUAAAAAAUUGAAGGAAAAGUACAGCAACAUGUGCGCGCUAUGUGAAGACCCCGUAAAAUGCGAUUACCCUGACAAAUUUUCUGGAUACGAGGGAGCACUUCGGUGUCUGGCACACAAUGGAGGUCAAGUAGCCUUCACUAAAGUUAUUUCUGUAAAACGUUUCUUUGGUUUACCAGUCGGUAAAGCUCCAGCAGUUCCAACUAAUGAGAAUCCGAGUGAUUUCGCGUAUUUCUGUCCUGAUGGCACUAAAGUACCGAUUGAUAAGGACACUAAGCCGUGCACAUGGGCUGCACGUCCUUGGCAGGGUUACAUGACCAAUGGACAAGUAUAUGAUAUCCGUGCGGUACAAAAGACAAUUGAGCAAUUGGGAGCAUUAGGUGAACAAGAAAAUGCCACUUGGUGGGCAAAUAUAUUAUUACUUAAUGAAAAUUCAAUCCCCGUGAGCAUUAAAAAAGUUCAACCCGAGGAAUAUUUGGAAGAAUGCAGAUAUUUGGACGUAAUUGCAAGAGACUCUGGUGCGCCUGGACGUGAUGCCCGUUGGUGCAUGUGGGAAGACGAGAGCUUAGCUAAAUGUCGGGCACUCGCCGAAGCUGCUUAUUCGAGAGACGUGAGACCUAGAUUUGAUUGUGUACUUGAAAAAGAUCAAGAAGCAUGUUUAGCAACUUUAAGAGACGAAAGGGCUGAUUUAGUUGUUCUUCCUGGGUGGUCCGUUGAAAGAGCCAUUCUGAAAUUUAACGUAAGGCCGAUAAUCGCUGAAAAUUAUACUACUGGUUCAACGAAAUUUGAUAACAAUUACGAGGAUAGUUAUUACGGGUACGAGCCCCCGCGAAUUAUCGUUACCCACGCUGGAAAAUCCGACAACGCUAUCGACGAAUUGAUUAACGGGGUUUUGGCUGCCGCUACUGUCUUCACAAAUCACCGUGAUAUUUUUCAACUCUUUGGCCCAUGGAAUGGCCACAGAAAUAUUUUAUUUAAUGACAACGCUAAUGGUCUCGUUUCCCUUAACAAUAUGUGGGACCGCUGGGACCAGUAGGCUGCUACUGAACAAAUUUUUG